AUGUCGUCGUCCAACCACAGCAUCGGCAACCGCAACAGCACGCCUGAUGCAAGCAGCUCCACCCUGCGCCCGCCCUCAUCUCGCGGCAUGAACCCCGGCCAUCACCUGCGCGCCUCGGCCGACAUGGGCGCCUUCUCGACCUCGUCCCCUCUGGCAUCCCGGGGCAUCCGACCCGCCAGCGAGGUCUACUUCAGCGGUGUUGGCCUCGGUAGCCAGGACGAUGCCGCCGACAAGGCUGCUCAGCAAUGGAUCGCCGACAUCGACCAGUACGAGACGACGCUCGAGGACAUGGCUGCCGCUACGCUGGACCAAGAUUUCAAGGACGAGCUCAGCGCUAUUGAGCAGUGGUUCCGUGUGCUCAGCGAGCCCGAGCGCACCGCCGCUCUCUACGCCCUGCUGCAGCAGACGACCCAGGUGCAGAUUCGCUUCUUCAUCCAAGUCCUGCAGCAGAUGGCCAAGAGCCAUCCCAUGUCGGGUGUUCUGUCUCCUGCCAACUUUGGCGAGAAGGAUCCCAUGUCCACCCGCCUCAACGAUGCUAUGAGCAGACUUAACAUGGAGGGCACGAGAUCAUCCUUCGGCUUUGGUGCUAAGCCCCCACCAUCCCCUGGAGCCAAGCGCAACUCGGGACUUGACCCCAGCACCAUCAAUUCGCUCUUCCCCGAUGCCGCCGCUGCUAUUGCAAAACANAAAGCCGACUUCAAGGAGCACACCGGCAACACNCCCACCUCGAGCCGCGUCGGCGACCGCUCAUCCCUUCUCUUCGAUGACAAGAAAGAUGCCCCCGUGCCGCUCUCUCCCUCGCCCUGGAACAACAGCCGCAACGAGAACCAGCCUCCCAUCACUAGACCCCGCUCAUCGCAGGGCCAACAGCCCAUGGGCCAGUUCAGCCAGCCUCUGCGCUCGCCUCGCCCCUUCCAACUGUCGAGCGACACCAACUUGCAGAACACCACUGUCUCUGCACCCAACCAGGACCCCGCCAUGAACAUUCUCUCGCCCUACAACCCCAACAACAGCUGGGCCUCGAUGGUCAACACUCCUAUGAUCCCCAACUUCAACACACAGCAGCAGAGUGCUGCGCAUGCCGACAUGGUCGCCAAUGCCACUGCUAUGAAGCUGGCCGCCCUCUCUACUGUCAACAACCGCAUCCAGCUCGACGAUGUCAAGAAAUUCCGCCGAGCACGCUCUUCUGAGGGUCAGCCUCAAUACCAGCAACAGCAACAGCAGAAUAUGAACAUCCUCAUGACCAAUGAACUCGGUCAGGUUCUGACNUCUCAACAGGCUGCUGCUCUGCAAGCCCAGCAGCUCGCUGCGCUCCAGGGUGGCCGCUCUCGUCCCAGCUCUCCCGGCAUUGCUAUCUCUGGCCCUCCUGGUUCCAACAUGAGCCACCUUCCCAUGACCCAAAACAAUGGUUUCCUUUCUACUUAUGAUGCCGGUAUGCUGAAUGCAAACAUGGGUGCUCUCAACAUGGGCAACUUUGGCAUGGGCGGUCACGAAGGUUAUCUUUCCGAUCACUCUGAAGCUCGCGGCAGAUCACCUCGUGGUAGACGCGGCAGCUCCAAGCCCCCAGAGGACCCCACUGACCUCCAGCUUCUGAGUGAUGUUCCCAGCUGGCUGCGUAGUCUGAGACUGCACAAGUACACAGAUCAACUCAAAGACAUGCGCUGGCAAGACCUUGUUCAGCUUGAUGACGACGCUCUCGACAAGAAGGGUGUUAAUGCCCUUGGUGCUAGGCGAAAGCUCCUCAAGGUUUUCGAGACAGUCAGAGAGGCGCAAGCUGAGGGAAAGCUGUAG